AUGCCUCGGUAUCAGCUCGAGGCUGCCACUGCGCUCGCUUCCGGCGCAUUGCUCAGUGCCGUCUUAUUUUUUGUCAACCGCACCAAAGACGGGAAAAUUCGCCUAGAGGAAAACGAAGCGUCUGAUCCUUUCGAUGUCACGACCGCCGAAGACCUGACCGACGGGUACCCGCUUCAAGAGGAAAGGUUUUGGUCGAAGAUGAAACGGCGGAAGAUGUUGUUAUCUGUCCUUGCCUCUCUCCUCUUGUGCGUCCAGCUGGCCGCAGCGGCCUUGGAUAGUUUUGGACAAAUUUCAUGCUUGCGCGUUGCAUUUUCCUUCUACAUUGCAACGGUCGCUGUCUUUUCUAUUCGACGCCAAUCGGUAUUCGAGCAUACUGAAUCUAUAUGGCAUCUUUCCGCCCUCAAUUUCGUUCCCGUCCCGCUGCUUGGGUUCACCGCCAUCAUUCCCGACGAUUACCAUCCGGUGUCCUCGGUGUCUGUCCACGCCCCAACCAUUCUGUGGUACACGGCGCUGGGGCUCCAUCUCGUCGUGGCCCUCAUCGCUGCCAACACCCCUUGUGGUCCCGCUUUGCAUUACCCUCCAGAGGCCAUCUACUCUGAAAAGAUCGCCCAAGCAAUAACAAACACGGAUGAAAACAAUGUUGCGGGAAUUUACGGCGCCUCACCUCUCGGCAUCCUGUUCUUCUCCUACUCUACCAAGGUCGUGAUGCUCGGAAACACGGCCGCCUCUCUCGAGAUCGGCGACCUCCCCAUUCUCACCGUUGAUAUGCGCGCCUCCCACUUAUACGACUCGAUGAAGCGCGUGCUCCGCACCGUGUCGCUGCGCAUUCCUUUCCUCUUCUGGAGUUGGCAGCCGCGGGUUGGCUCCGGGAUAACGCUAGGAUACCAACUACUUGUUACUAACAAGUCUGGAUUCCUGGCCCUGAUUUUGCUGUCCCUCGCGGCGGGAGGCAUGUUUUACAUGCCACCACUGCUGCUGAGCGGCCUUCUUCGCUACUUGGAGAGCGACCUUGAAAGGCAAGACUUCCGAUGGGGACUGGUCUGGGUUGCUGGCCUGCUCUGUGCACAUUUGACGCUGUUCACACUCACUGGCCAAGUGUGGUCCCUUGCGACAGCGACGCUCCAGGCGAAACUCCGAAACCAGCUAAACACGGUGUUGUUUGCGAAGACUCUGCUUCGCAAAGACAUCGCCUCUACUGCUCCGACGUCUACUGCGAACGAGGAAUCAAAAGGGGAUGAGGCCGAGAAGUCUGAAGGGUUUUCGUCAAAAGCGCAAAUUAUGACCUUGAUGUUCGACCACGGACGUCGACCGCGUUGCGAGGCUUACGAUGCACCUCUUCAGUGUUAUCGGCAAGUUCAAUUUGGUCCCCGUUUGCUGCAUAUUAAUCUUUGCAUAGAUGUCCCCAUCGAGAUCAUCGUCGGUACCACCUUCCUCUACAAGCUCUUGGGUGUUUCCAGCUUGUUUGGUCUCGGCAUCGCUGUUGCAUGUUUACCACUGAAUCAUUUUGCCGGCAAAGCUGUCUCGGGUGCUCAAGAUAACCUGAUGAAAUCUCGUGAUCAACGAGUGGCACUCAUGAAUGAGGUUCUCGGCGGUAUCCGUAUGCUCAAAUUCAUGGCCUGGGAAAGAAGCUUCGAGGAUCGCAUCCUCAAAAUCCGUUCGAAAGAACUCAAGUACCAACGUUUGAACUAUAUCAUUGAGUCACUACUGGAAGGGUUCUGGAGUGGCAUUCCUGUGAUCAUCACACUGGUCUCAUUCUACCACUUUGCAGUCAUACGCGGCGAAGUGUUGAAGCCAUCGAUCGCGUUUACUUCAAUCAUUGUCUUCAACGAGCUCCGAUUUGCUCUGUCUUUGCUCACAGGCACAUUCAUCAACAUUGUCCAAAGUGCUGUUUCCCUUCGCCGUAUAGAAACAUAUCUGGGCACGCGUGAAAUCAGCCUGGUACCAGACCUCUCUGUUCAAACACGGCGUGUUGCAUUCAACUCCUGUACUGUCACAUGGCCGCAAGACACAUCAACGGGGUCUACGCCAGGCACAAGCGCGGCAUCAACUCCGCGACAAAAGUUCCUUCUUCUGGACCUCUCAUUUGAGUUUCCCGAAGGACAGUUAUCUCUGGUUUGCGGGAAGCUCGGGUCAGGGAAGACUUUGUUGCUCCUCGCGUUGCUUGGGGAAGCUGAUGUUGUCGCGGGACAACUUUCGUGCCCGCGUUCUCCGGCAAACACGCUUGCAUCAUUUGCAGGAUUCGACCCUGCAAAAGAAACCUGGCUUGUUGAUGGCGUUUGCGCAUAUGUUCCUCAGACUGCAUGGCUCCAAAAUGCUUCGAUCAAAGACAAUAUUCUCUUUUCAUUGCCCUACGACGACGAGCGUUAUCGUCUAACACUUGAGGCUUGCGCCUUGGUCAGCGACCUGGCUAUUCUUGAUGACGGCGACGAUUCUGAGAUAGGAGAACGAGGUAUCAAUCUCAGUGGAGGACAACGAGCGCGGGUCUCAUUGGCAAGAGCUGUAUAUUCUCGGGCCACCAUCAUCUUGCUGGAUGAUGUUCUCUCUGCUGUUGAUGCGCAUACAGCCCACCAUCUUUACCAUCGCUGUCUCCGUGGCCCACUCAUGCAUGGUCGCACGGUCAUCCUCGUCUCGCAUCACGUGCAACUGUGCGCUCCCGAUGCUGCUUAUGUUGUUGCACUGGACAAUGGCCGCGUCCAGUUCAAGGGCGACUCUGCGGCCUUCCAAGCAUCGGAGGUUAUGAGUAGGCUGGUCCAGACAACAGAAGCCGGAAUGGGGAAGGAGGAGGUAGAUGCCAAAGAAGAGGCUGCCAUCGAGGAACUUGACGCAGACGAAUCACAAUCAGGAGCGAGCACAAUCGCUCAGUCUGUAGUGGCGACACCACAAAACAAGAAACCUCCACGAAAAUAUGUCGAGGAAGAACAACGUGCUGUUGGCCAUGUCGCGUGGGAUGUGUGGAAGACCUAUAUUGCCGCGGCUGGCGGAGCGGGCUAUUGGACGCUGUUCUCGUUUGCCUUUAUGGUCACAGCGUUGGCGAGGAUUGCUGAGAACUGGUGGUUGAGCUACUGGUCGCGCAGCGAUAAUGAAGAGGAUGCGCUGUUUUAUUUGUCCAUUUACGCUUCGCUCGCGUGGGCCGGAGUCAUCUUGAUCGUCUUCCGCUCUCUGGUUCUCUUUUUUGGUGCAAUACAUGCAUCCAAAGGGCUCCAUAAAACCCUCCUUGAAGCUGUCUUAUUUGCGCAAAUUCGCUUCCAUGACACGGUAUCACGUGGACGGGUCCUCAAUCGGUUCGGCAAGGACUUUGAAGGAAUUGACAGCAGUCUUCCGGAGAACAUUGGCAACGUCUUACUGCACGUUUUAUCGGCGAUAACCACCAUCGUCGCGAUUAGUUUUGUUGGUGGAUGGCCGUUUGUGGUGGCCAUCACCUGCAUUUUGUACGUCUACUGGGAGGUUGGAAAGAUUUACGGUCAAGCAUGCAGAGAUCUCCGACGACUUGAUUCGGUUACCCGGUCUCCUCUUUAUUCGAUGUAUUCUGAAACCAUCGCUGGGGUUACAAUUGUCCGUGCGUUCGGCGCUUCGUCCAAAUUUCUCCGUGAAAUGAUUAGGAGUGUCGACACGAACUGCAAUCCUGCAUAUUGGACUUGGGGUACUAAUCGAUGGCUAACGAUACGCAUGACAUGCCUGGCCAGCCUCAUCACGGCUUCGAUGGCGCUGAUAUCGGUAUUAAAUAAAAAUAUUUCUGCAGCUACUGCAGGCUUCGCGCUAGCAUUCUCGAACACAGUAUUAUAUGACCUGCUCCUCGUCGUCCGCGAGUUUGUCAGCCUGGAACAAGCGAUGGUUGGGCUCGAGCGCGUGAAGGAGUACUCAGAGCUUGUGCAAGAGCCAGCAGAGUUCAUCGAGCCCCGACCCGGCAAAGAAUGGCCGCAAGAGGGCGUAGUUAGCUGCGAAGAUCUCGUCAUACGAUAUGCGCCGGACCUACCGGAUGUGCUCCACGAACUCUCAUUUAAGAUCAAGGCGGGCGAAAAGAUCGGGGUCCUCGGACGAACAGGGUCAGGGAAGAGCACGCUCGCAUUGUCCUUCUUCCGCUUCGUUGAAGCCACGUCUGGCCGGAUCGUCAUAGACGGUGUCGACAUUUCAAAAAUCGGGCUGACAGAUUUGCGUGGGAAGCUGACCAUCAUCCCGCAAGACCCGACGAUAUUGAGUGGGACACUGCGCUCGACGUUGGACGUAUUCGGCGAAUACGAGGACAAGGAUAUUUUUGAAGCUCUCCGUCGCGUGCAUCUCAUUCCCAGCGCAGCAGCUGCGAGCGAGGUUGCCGCUGACGGUGUCAACGAGAAUGUAUUCCGCAACCUCGACUCGCCGGUUUCUGAGGGAGGAGAGAACUUUUCGACAGGAGAAAAACAGCUGUUGUGCAUGGCGCGUGCAAUCUUGAAGCGCUCCAAGGUUCUACUAAUGGACGAGGCGACUGCGAGUGUUGACUACGCAACUGACCAGUUGAUUGGACAAACAAUCCGAGAAGAGUUCAAAGACAGCACGAUCCUCACCAUAGCGCACAGGCUCCGCACCGUCAUCGACUACGACAAGGUCAUGGUCCUCGAGCAGGGUCGCAUCGUCGAGUUUGAUCGACCUGCUGUUCUUCUCAGAGACUCCUCGUCUAAAUUCCACGGGCUCUGCAAAGCGACUGGAAAAAAGGAAUUCAAGGUCCUCAGAACGAUGGCGGGGGUCUGA